UUCCCAGCUUCCGGUGUAAACGGAAGACAUCAGAAAGAGCACAUCGAAGGAGAAAGACGCUAAUAAUUUUCCGUACCUUGGAGACAUAAUGCCUCGUCGGUGUGUUGUCGGAGGGUGUAACAACACCAACAGGGAGGGAUUCAAGUUGCACCACUGGCCCAAAGAUGCAAAAGUGGCAAGAAAUUGGACGAAAUUUGUUCAAAAUACGAGGGUGUGGGGAAAGCCGACGAAAUGGUCAGUCGUUUGUUCCGCACACUUUACCGACGAAAGCUAUGCUACGACAGAGAUGGCAAGAAUGUUUGGAUAUCCUCCGACACUCAAAGCAGAUGCAUUUCCAACGAUAAAGUCAAAGAAAUCUGCCGCCAGACCCCCAUUGAACGUGCCGAAAUGAGCGAGCUAAACCCCCUGGAUGUCUUGGCUCACACCGCUUCUACCGAAGAUGAUCAAGUGAAGAAUAUGGGCCCUAGUUUCCCUGGCCUGCCGACAUCAACUCCAAAACUGGACGGAUCAGCUUUCAGGAAAAGAGAGCGGAUGAGGGUGUUACAGGACAUGUUUUCGAACUCUUAUCAACAUUCGACUGAAGAGGAUGAUUAUCAAACUUUUUCAAGAGCGCAUAUUGGAGUUCAGAUAUACCCUGAUGUGAAGUCUAAAGGUGUCCAGGUAUUUCUACCCACCAGCGGGGUGAUCCUACUAUACGUCCAGCAGCCCCCUCACAUUAAAGAGGUAGAGGAGGAAGUGUGGAUGAGUCAGGAGGGAGAGUGUCCUGUAGGGCAGGAGGAGGCUGAUGUCAGCAAGUUUCCACUGACUGUUGUCUCUGUGAAGACUGAAGAGCAUGAAGACAAACCACCUGAGUCCUCACAGCUUCAUCACAGUCCAAGUGUGUUGACGCCAAUGUCUGAGGGGAGUCGACGGCAGCUAUGGACAGCACAAGCUCAGCUUUUCUCCGACAUCCAGCAGGUGUCAGCAGAGAGUCAUGAAGAGAUUCCCUCCAAGCAGCAAGAGUGUAGCUUCAGUGUGGGACAGAAGGAGCUACAGGCCCCCUCCCACAUUAAAGAGGAAGAGGAGGAACUGUGGAAGCAGCUUCAAAUGUUGGUGGAGGAUAAUGAUGAAGAUGAAGCUCAGUCCUUACAGCUUCAUCACAGUCAAAGUGAGGAGAACAGAGGGGUGGAGCUUGUAAGUCAACACAUCACAGAAGCUGAUGGAGAGCAUUGUGAAGAUAUAAAGUCAGAACCAGACAGCAUCUUUGCUCCACUGUCAGACAUGGACCACAUGAUGUCACACUCUUCUGAUCACAGUGACCACAUCCAAAAACCUUUGGAGAGUAAAAAUGACUCCAAAGGUGAUACGAGACAUCAUACUAACAACAAACACUUGGACUGCUCUGAAUGUGGGAAAUCAUUUAGACACAAGAGUUAUAUUACAAUACACAUGAGGAUACAUACUGGAGAGAAACCUUUUACUUGCUCUGUUUGUAAGAAGAGUUUCUCCAGAAAGCUUGACAUGACCACACACAUGAGAACACACACUGGAGAGAAACCUUUUACUUGCUCUGUUUGUAAGAAGAGUUUCUCCACAAAGCUUGUCAUGACCACACACAUGAGAACACAUACUGGAGAGAAACCUGUUACUUGCUCUAUUUGUAAGAAGAGUUUCUCCAGAAAGCAAUACAUGACCAAACACAUGAGAACACACACUGGAGAGAACCCGUUGAGUUGCACUGUGUGUGAUAAAAGGUUCAGGUAUAAGUAUCAGGUCAGUAAACACAAGUGUGUAACAGUCAUGGAAGCUGCAGGGAUUUAAAAACACUUAAACAGUGAUUGUGCUAAAUGUACUCUAAUAACACAGCAUGUUUAAAGGGGAACAUUAUUACCAGACCUAUGUAAGCGUCUAUAAAUACCUUGAUGUUGCAGAAGAAA